UUUCUUAAAUAUACACAGCUUUAUUCGCACAAAAUACAUAUAUAUAUAUAUUCAUAUGCUAUGCAGUGGUCUCUUGAUAGCAUCACCACUGAUUGAUGUCGGAGGUAAAUCGAUGAAUUACUAAAUGGUCAACAACAUAGUAUCCUUGAAUACGGCGUCUCUGAUUGGUCAGUGUUAUAGUAGUUUGCAGCAAUAAAGCUAGCAUAAUCAUUUUUUUCAACUAUAGUGGCAGAAACAUUUUGAAAACGGGUAUAUUGACGCAAUAUUGCAAUAUUGAAGUUCUGCUUUCGAAUUCUGUGUGUCGAAAUGGUGCUUCAAAUAAGGCAAAAACACUCUGAACAGAAACCGUAAUUGCUGAAUAGGACAAAGGAGUAUGGGUAAUCCCAUGAUCCUCUGUAAAAAUCGGUUUUAAAAUAGUUGACCCCAAAAUCAAACAAUAUGAUCGAUAUUUGCUGAAUGAGGGAUAAAGGUACAGAUUAAGGAGACAUUUUAAACCAAAUUUACUAAAAAAAAUGUAUCUUGUGCAUGUAUGUAACAAGAACUGAAAUGAUUCAAUUUAUGGACUGCAUAAGAUAUUACCUUUUGACGAGGAUUAAUAUGAUUAUUUUAAGUGAGGCAAGGACAAAAACAGACUCUGGCUGUGGUUUAAAAAAUGAAGCCGUCAAGCAAAGAGGUAUUCCAAGUGAAGAAAGACAAGAUCAGUCGAUGACUUCAAGUACGGCAAGGUCUAGGGUUAAUAUCCCAACACCUGAAACCAAGACAAAUACAGUGGACAGUGGUGGGGAUAACUUACCAAAGAGGAGUAUUAGCUCGUCACCCAGACCAAUAUCAAACACUGUGAUUGCGCCUUCCAACAGAACUAGCACGAAAUCUAUGGAGCAUGCGGCCAGAGAGAUGAGACCGUCAUGCUCUUCUCCGAUCAGUGGUCAAUCUUGUGCCAAAAGAGUAAACAAUGGGCAGGUUUACAGCUUUACGACUGCAGAAGAUGACCAGUUUACGUUUGAGUUUGAGCGAGGCGGUAGUGGGCCACCCUUCAGCAUACAGAAAGCUCAAGACGUUUAUCCUACAGUCACCACAUCAGAGAACUUUAUGUGCAUCAAGACGGUAUCAUCUAUUGAUCCUGCAGCUGAGAGUGGAAGGAUCAAGUCAGGGGAUGUGAUCCUUGAGGUUAAUGGGCGCUCGGUGAAAGGUCUAGAUCUGUCUAAAACUGAAACAACACUGUGGGCAGCCGGAGUACAUGUCAAUAUGCUGCUGUGUCGGCCUAAUCAUUUGAUGUGUCGGCCUAAGCAGUUGCCCACCGGGCCAAUGAUUCCUAAAAAGCCAGAACGUACAACCGUCUUACCAAUUUCGAAGAAAAAGGAACCAAAUUUGAUUGGGCAGACUUCGAACCCGACCUCAGCACUGCAAGUAGAACAACAACCAUAUUGUAUUGCCAGUUAUCAUCAACAUGGCGAGAAAUGUGAAUCCGACGUCAGAGAGCGGGAACAUCAUGAAACAGCUGGUUCAGUAACAGAUAAAAGUCAUUCCGAUCUCUUGGACCAGAAGCCGGUCGACACUGUCGAAAGACAAAAAUACCCCUACCAACGAGAUACCAUUGGGGAAAAGCAACAAGACGUGAUCCAUAAACAGGAAGGGCAAUCUGGCCCAAAUAUGAUGAGGGAAAAUAGCAAGCACCUCAAUACCAUCAAUACACUUUCUAACCCAGAUGAUACCAACAAUACACCCUCUAACCCAGCUAAUACUAACAAUACACCUUCUGACCCAGCUCAUACCAACAAAACACCUUCUCGCCCAGUUGCUACUAGCAAUACACCUUCUGGCUCAGUUGCUACUACCAACAAAACACCUUCUGGCUCAGUUGCUACUAGCAAUACACCCUCUGACUCAGUUGCUACUAGCAAUACACCUUCUGACCCAACUGAUACCAACAAUACACCAGCCGGUUAUAGAUCAACUGGCCCCAACGCACAGGGACCAAAUCACAAGUCUAAAACCAAGAACGGUAGGCCUGCUAACCUCGCCGAACAUGAGGAUAUUGAUGAAAAUGGCGAAAUGUAUAAUGUACCCAUAGGGAGUGGCCAACGCGAAAAUGAACCUUGUAAUGGUGAUAAUCAACUGAUGGCUAUUCCAGAGCAACUUCCAACAGGUACAAAUCGGUGCACAGCAGAUUACAUGCCAAAUGACACGGUCCCAGCAAAUUAACAUGACUGUAAAUGGGGGGACUACAGUCCUUGGAAACAGGAAUAUCAUUGUUCAUGGAAAUGGUGAGUUGUGUUAUUUCCAUCAGUCUUAAAUGCAUGAAUUAAGUAAAAUUAUACAACUUGGCCCGUUUUCAUGAAAACAUCUACAUGCUCAAGCAUAAAAUCUGUGCUCAAUUUAGCUUCCCUUAGAUUUGAUUUAAUCAUGAAAUAACAGUUUAAAAGAUAAAAACUAAUAUAUGUAUCAGAAUUAAUAUAUUACUAUAAAGUCUUUCGAAAUGUCUCCAAAUCACUGAAUAAAUAUUCAUUUUUAUAUCAGACUUAUCACCAAAAGUAUUUUGGUGUGAGAUCAAAAUAUGUAUUUGAGCACGAGUCUUGUUUGAUAUCUACUAACCCUGAUUAUUGUUGUGUAGGUACAUGAUGGUACGUAUCUAUACAAUGAUAUUUCUAUUCUGUUCAAUGUGAAAUAUGUCCAUUAAUUUCUCGUUAUAUUAAUGUUCAAAUCUGAUGUCACCAUGAUGAUGUCAACUGUAGCUUUAUUGACCAUUAGGUUAUCGUCCGUGUAAACUUUUCACAUUUCUUCUCUUUUUCCACCAGUGGAAAUCAGCUAAAACUGAUCUCGAGAUUAUCCUGGUCAAGUGCUAUUAUGUUUCGGGUUUGUCCGAAAAUCAAAGAUGGUCGCCACCUUGAAAAACACUUUCAAACUUUUUUACCGGUUGGAGUCAAAUUUCUCCAAUUUGCCUGAAAUUAUCUCUGAGAUGAUCCUUAUUAAGUGUUGUUAUCUUGCGGAACGGUCCCGAAAUCAAUCUUUACUUGCAAUACUGAUUUUAAAAUCUUUUCUUUUUUUUUACAACAUUUUUAAUUGGAUUUAUUUGAUAUGAAUUUUCCUGAAAUGACCAAGAUGAGGCAAUGUUAUUUCUUCAAACUAGUCCCGAAUUCCCACAUAACAUCCUAAUUGUUGUCCGUUCCACUUUAGUGGUAGUAAGUAUGUCUAUCACACUAAUGCUAGCGUCUAUAUUAUAUAUAUAUAGAUUAUAUAAGAAAGACUUUCGCAACAACUCUAUCAUAUAAGUAGGUGUUUCAGUGUAUAGUUAGAAAUGUAGUAGAUACUUGUGUUAAAAUAAUGCAUUGGACCACCUCUAUCAUAUUAAGUAUAUUGUGAAGCGGGAGAUUUGAAAGUUACCAGUGUGAGAUAUUAUGACUUCCUGUUUAUCUUAAAUUGAUGUCACACCAACAACGUAACCUACCAUUACCCUCUCCCCCCCUAAAUUUCACGUUAUUGCCUUAUAUCACUAGUAGUGAAUAUCGAACUUCAAUGCAUUAGGAGUCGAUCGGCUUCUAUCAUGUUAAAUCUAUUUUGAAUUUUAUUUUUGCUUUGAUUCAACCAAUUUAAUAAUAACUACAAUUAAAAUGAACAUAAUAAUAGAAUGAGCGAAAGAUGAUGCACAGAAAGAAGCAAACAAAUUGAAUAAAGAACAGAAGGUUGGCAAUUGAAACAGCCUAGGGGAGGGUGAACAGAACUAUUACAAAGGAAGAGGCAAAACAUUCAAA